AUGGCGUCUACAAAGAGUGCUGAGAGCGGAGGAUCUUCCCAUGUUGUGAACUCUGUAGUGCCAAGCAAUAUGAAAGAAACUAGCGCACCAUCUUCGGAAGUUAGCCGUCGAGACACUGACAUUGAGAAAAAGAGCAAAGCGGCUGCUGAGCUACCUCCAAGAAGUCAACGGGAGCAGCACGCCAAGGACCUUCGCGGCUUGAACCGCAGCUCCUCUGUUCGUGCCAUGAGCUCGCUAAGAAAGAUAUUCCAUCGCUCGCAGUCGCACCAUGAGCCUGACGGCCGCUCCAGAGCUCCAGUUAAAGCCGGAACUGGUAUGGGAAUGCUGCAUGGCGCCUUUGAGAGUGAGCAAAAGAGUCGCAGUAGAAGCUCUUCCUUGCUUCACAGAAAGAACCAGCACGCUAUCUUACCGCAGCAAAACCAUGUUCCAAAUCAUCUCAUUCAGUCCUCGUCGAACCCUGCGCUCAGCAGUGCGGUUUCACAUAACGUGAACCCUUUUAUCGCGCAUAGGAACCCUGGCUUUGAGUCACCUUUCAGUGCCCUAGGCAAAGGCACCGAUAUUGCCGCCCCUAGGAAGUCAAAUACCCACGGAUCGAACCCUAUCUCGCGCAAGACAUCCUCAAACGAGUCCAAUAUGGUUUACAAUCCAUAUGGAACUCUCUCAAAGAACAACACUUCAAGUUCUCAGCACGGACUGUCGUUUUAUCUGCAAGAUGGCAAGGAAGAGCUUCCGUUACUUCCAACACCUUUGAAAGAUCCCAACGAGUAUCUACCGGAGGGUUACCGGCAGUACAGCGUUCAAUUGGCUGAUAAUUUCUGCUAUCCUGAAAGAAACACAGCUGACGAUAUGAACUUGGGUUCGGGGGGCUCCAGUGAGGUGCGUACUGUGCGCUCUUUAUUCCACAAGAAAGACCUUUAUGCUCUGAAGAAGUUCAAGCUACUGAGGAACGAGGAGCCUGAACAUUUUUACAAGCGUUGCUCUAAGGAGUUUAUUCUCGCCAAGCGCCUGAGUAAAAAUCCGCACAUUGCCAACACUUUUUAUUUGGUAAAGGUAUCGACCACAACUUUUAUGACAAGAGGGUGGGCCUUCGUUAUGGAGUAUUGUUCCGGGGGAGAUCUUUAUUCGCUCAUCUCGAGGCCGACCUGGAAGAAGCGUCCCUUAAAGGAAAAGUUCGAUUACUGGAGGCAGGUUGUCGAGGGUAUUAAGUUUGUUCAUAGUCAGGGCAUUGUCCACAGAGAUCUCAAGCCUGAGAACGUUUUAAUUGACAAAGAAGGUACUGCCAAGAUUACAGAUUUUGGUAUCUCUGAUUGGGGACAUGAAGACCCAGAUGACCUGAAUAGCCCCGUAAGUCUUUUUGAGAACUACGUGGGAUCUCCGCCUUACUCACCGCCCGAGGUCAUGGCUUUUAACGACGAUAAUGCAACCAAACAGGAUAAGAAGCCGUAUGACGCUCACAAAAUGGACUGCUGGGCAUUAGGUAUGCUGCUUUUUGUCCUGGUGUACCAAUGCUCGCCAUUCUUGGACGCUUACAAGACGGACUCCAAGUUUAGGUCCUACGUCCUCUCCUACAACAACUACGUGGAUCACAUCAACCCGCAGUUCAGGAAGCCUGGCAAUCAUCGCCCAGGUCCAGGAAGCGAGUUUCAGUUUGGCCGCGAGUUCCAAAGUGGGGGAGCUUCGAGGGUUGCGUGGAGGUUAGCAGACCCCGACGCUAAAACCCGGUACACGAUGCAGGACCUUUUGGAAGACCCCUGGUGGGCCUCGAUCUCAGCCGGUGUGCACGAGAACCCUCACGCGGUGCCAAAGGCUCCUGAGCUAAGACACUCUAGUUACGAGAGUAACGGUGGGUUUUCUCCCGCAGCGAACACGUCAGCCAAGGCCUCUGAGGAGGAACUCGCACACACUUCUAAUCCAUUUCUGAGCAAGACAAAGAACAAGUCGAAGUCGAUGUUAUCGAUCGCUGAGACACCGGCACCUCCUCUGGUCCAGGCCCAGGCAGAAUCGCUGCCUACUCUGAGUGAGGAAAAGGCGAACGAGGACAAUGCGGCCGCCCCAUCCCAAGAACAUGAAGGUGCGACUAUCCCGUUACAGGACAAUAGCAAUGCGAAUACUCUGCCCCAGGAGAACGACAAUCUAACCGCCUUGCCUCAAGAGCACAGCAGUGCAACCGUCUUGCCUCAGGAGCAGGCCGAGAUCCCCGCGAAGCCAAAUGGAGGCUUGCACGGAGAUAAAGUUGCGGAAUUGGACAAGGAAGUACACGAGAAUGAAGACAGCAGCACUAAGAAGGAUAUCUGGGCUGACGCGAGGGAAAAGGAAGAAGAAACCUAA